GCAAACAGCAACUGCAGACUGUCAAGGACCGAUUCCAGGCUUUCCUCAAUGGGGAGACCCAAAUCGUGGCUGAUGAAGCCUUUAUGAAUGCCGUCCAGAGCUACUAUGAGGUGUUUCUCAAGAGUGACCGUGUGGCCCGCAUGGUGCAGAGUGGUGGUUGCUCAGCCAAUGACUCUCGGGAGGUCUUCAAGAAACACAUUGAGAAGAGGGUUCGCAGCCUUCCUGAGAUUGACGGGCUCAGCAAGGAGACGGUGCUGAGCUCCUGGAUGGCCAAGUUUGACGCCAUCUAUCGUGGUGAGGAGGACCCCAGGAAGCAACAAGCCCGGAUGACAGCCAGUGCAGCUUCUGAGUUGAUUCUGAGCAAGGAACAACUCUAUGAGAUGUUCCAGAACAUCCUUGGUAUCAAGAAGUUUGAACAUCAACUCCUGUAUAAUGCCUGUCAGCUGGACAAUCCAGAUGAGCAGGCAGCCCAGAUCAGACGAGAGCUGGAUGGACGUCUCCAAAUGGCAGACCAAAUAGCCAGGGAACGUAAAUUUCCUAAGUUUGUAUCCAAAGAAAUGGAGAACAUGUACAUUGAAGAACUGAAAUCCUCUGUCAACCUGCUCAUGGCCAACUUGGAGAGCAUGCCGGUGUCCAAGGGUGGAGAGUUCAAGCUGCAGAAACUCAAACGCAGUCACAAUGCUUCCAUCAUUGACAUGGGCGAGGAGAGUGAGAACCAGCUGUCCAAGUCAGAUGUCUUGCUGUCCUUCUCCUUGGAGGUAGUGAUCAUGGAAGUUCAAGGCCUGAAAUCCUUGGCUCCAAAUCGCAUUGUAUAUUGCACAAUGGAGGUAGAGGGUGGAGAAAAACUACAGACUGAUCAAGCCGAGGCUUCUAAACCAACCUGGGGCACCCAAGGUGACUUCUCCACAACCCAUGCGCUGCCAGCUGUUAAAGUAAAGCUGUUCACAGAGAGCACUGGUGUCCUGGCCUUGGAAGACAAGGAGCUCGGGCGGGUUAUCCUCCACCCCACCCCAAACAGCCCCAAACAAUCUGAGUGGCACAAAAUGACAGUCUCUAAAAACUGCCCCGAUCAAGACCUCAAAAUCAAACUUGCUGUCCGAAUGGAUAAGCCUCAAAACAUGAAGCACUCUGGGUACUUAUGGACCAUUGGUAAGAAUGUGUGGAAGAGGUGGAAGAAGAGGUUCUUUGUGUUGGUACAGGUCAGCCAGUACACCUUUGCCAUGUGCAGCUAUCGAGAGAAGAAAGCAGAGCCCCAGGAACUCCUACAGCUGGAUGGCUACACCGUGGACUACACUGAUCCCCAGCCAGGUUUGGAGGGUGGCCGAGCCUUCUUCAAUGCAGUCAAAGAAGGAGACACGGUGAUAUUUGCAAGUGAUGAUGAGCAGGAUCGGAUCUUGUGGGUCCAAGCCAUGUACCGGGCCACUGGGCAGUCGCACAAACCUGUGCCCCCGACCCAGGUGCAGAAGCUCAACGCCAAAGGUGGAAAUGUGCCUCAGCUGGACGCCCCCAUCUCACAAUUUUACGCAGAUAGAGCUCAAAAGCACGGCAUGGAUGAAUUUAUCUCUUCCAACCCCUGUAACUUUGACCACGCUUCCCUCUUUGAGAUGGUGCAGCGACUGACUUUGGAUCACAGACUUAAUGAUUCCUAUUCUUGCCUGGGCUGGUUCAGUCCUGGCCAGGUGUUUGUAUUAGAUGAGUAUUGUGCUCGAAAUGGAGUCCGAGGAUGUCAUCGGCAUCUCUGCUACCUUAGAGACUUGCUGGAACGGGCAGAAAAUGGCGCCAUGAUUGACCCCACGCUUCUCCACUACAGCUUUGCCUUCUGUGCAUCCCAUGUCCACGGUAACAGGCCUGAUGGAAUCGGAACUGUGACUGUUGAAGAAAAAGAGCGCUUUGAAGAAAUCAAAGAGAGACUCCGAGUUCUGCUGGAAAAUCAGAUUACACAUUUUAGGUAUUGCUUUCCAUUUGGUCGACCUGAAGGUGCUUUGAAAGCUACUCUCUCACUCUUGGAACGGGUUUUGAUGAAAGACAUUGUCACUCCAGUACCACAAGAAGAAGUCAAAACUGUCAUCCGUAAAUGCCUAGAGCAGGCUGCUCUAGUCAACUACUCACGCCUGUCGGAGUAUGCCAAAAUUGAAGAAAAUGUAGGCCGCUUAAUCACUCCUGCCAAAAAGCUUGAAGACACAAUCCGUCUUGCUGAACUAGUCAUUGAAGUACUUCAACAAAACGAGGAGCAUCACGCAGAGGCCUUUGCAUGGUGGUCAGAUUUAAUGGUGGAGCACGCGGAGACGUUCCUGUCACUCUUUGCAGUGGACAUGGAUGCAGCGUUAGAGGUGCAACCCCCAGACACAUGGGACAGUUUCCCACUGUUCCAGCUGCUGAAUGACUUUCUCCGUACAGACUAUAAUUUGUGCAAUGGGAAAUUUCACAAGCACCUGCAGGACCUGUUUGCCCCACUUGUUGUUAGAUAUGUGGAUCUGAUGGAGUCCUCAAUUGCACAAUCCAUUCACAGGGGCUUUGAGCGGGAAUCAUGGGAACCAGUCAAUAAUGGAUCAGGUACAUCAGAAGAUUUGUUCUGGAAACUAGACGCCCUUCAGACUUUCAUCCGUGACUUACACUGGCCUGAAGAAGAGUUUGGAAAACACUUAGAACAGCGGCUAAAACUAAUGGCAAGUGACAUGAUUGAGUCCUGCGUCAAACGAACCAGGAUUGCAUUUGAAGUUAAGCUGCAAAAAACCAGUCGAUCAACAGAUUUUCGAGUCCCACAGUCAAUAUGCACCAUGUUUAAUGUUAUGGUUGAUGCCAAAGCUCAAUCAACAAAACUUUGCAGCAUGGAAAUGGGCCAAGAGCAUCAAUACCAUUCAAAAAUAGAUGAACUAAUUGAAGAAACCGUUAAAGAAAUGAUCACACUCUUGGUGGCAAAGUUUGUAACUAUUUUGGAAGGCGUCCUGGCAAAGUUAUCCAGAUAUGACGAGGGGACUUUGUUUUCUUCUUUUCUGUCAUUUACGGUGAAGGCAGCUUCCAAAUAUGUGGACGUACCUAAACCCGGGAUGGAUGUGGCCGACGCCUAUGUGACUUUCGUCCGCCACUCUCAGGAUGUUCUUCGUGAUAAGGUCAAUGAGGAGAUGUAUAUAGAAAGGUUAUUUGAUCAAUGGUACAACAGCUCCAUGAACAUCAUCUGCACCUGGUUGACUGACCGGAUGGACCUACAACUUCACAUUUAUCAACUGAAAACACUAAUUAGGAUGGUAAAGAAAACCUAUAGAGAUUUCCGAUUGCAAGGGGUCCUGGAUUCCACUUUAAACAGCAAGACCUACGAGACCAUCAGAAACCGCCUCACUGUGGAGGAAGCUACAGCGUCAGUGAGUGAGGGUGGGGGCUUACAGGGCAUCAGCAUGAAGGACAGCGAUGAAGAAGAUGAAGAAGAUGAUUAGACCAUUCUCUGGGUCUAAGAGUCCACUGGGAUGGAGUCCUGUAAUCAAUGCAUGUCCUUAGUCUGUUAGUUAACUCCAUUAGGGAAUUUUCUGUCAACUACCAUGCCCAUGAGAUGUUUACCAAUACACUUACCAUUUUAGCUACAUGGUACCAAGAUUAGCAGAUGAGCUUAAGAUCCAUGGUUUUCUGAUUUCUGUGUCUAUAUGUUUACAAGCAAUAUGGAACACCAUUCUUAAACACUGUUCAUGGAGAGAAUACGUAGUUCAGCUGCUAGGUGUGUCCCUGUUGUUAGCAGAACAAAAUGUUUCAACCUGUACUACAUAUGUACUGAUGGAAAGUGGACAUGGGAGCAAUCUUAUUGAGUGUUACCAUGUCUCUGUUUCAUGUACCUGGGUACCAGGCAUUUAAAUGAGUACAUGAAUAAAUUAAUUUAAGCACAUAGAUCUGCUUGGUUUUGGUUUCAGGUUUGUUCUUGUUUUAUAGGAAGAAAAAAAGAGGCAUGGUUCCAAUAGCCAACUUUAGCUUUUCUCAUCCCCUAAAACUGAAAGCAAUGGACCCCUUGUGUCCUGGUUAACCCAGCUUUGCAUUUAUCCAUGUAGUUUCCCCCACUAAAAAGUUACAUAUCAAUGGAUUAAUUAUUUUAAUUGUCAUAGCAAGGGGGCCAUCUAAUCAGGACUUAGCACCAAGCAAAGUUCAGACCAACUGUCUUCUGUCAAAGUUUAUCCUAGUAAAUGUUACAUUUUGCUUCUCUGUUUCAAUAACUAUAUAUGUAAAAAAACAAAACAAAACCUAUUGAAAUGACAACCCUAGACUAUAAAUGUAUUUAUAAUAAGAUAUGGAUAAUUCCUCCAGUAGACUGUAACCAUAAUUUCAAUUAUUUUGUUCCACACUGUUUUUUAUAUCUGUCAUGUACAUUGCACUUUGAUCUGUAACUGAGCGACCCUGGGGUAUGCUGUAGAGCUGUUUCUUUCUGUGGAAAAUAGUGGAUCCAUCUUGCUUUUUGCCUUAUAUAAAAGCCUACAGUUGUAAAAGUGUGAGAAACUGUGGCUUCUCAAUAAAUAAUUAUUCAAAUGUC